CAUCAAGCGACAUAUACAUAGAUUUUUCUGCCUGUACUUUGAUUGCAUCUUGAUUUCUCCAAGUUCCUGUUGUCCCUCCGUGAAUCACUUUCUGCACAUAGAGUCAGACAGAGGAAAGAAUGGGCUCAAUCGAGGCUCCGUCAUUCUCCGCUCCACCACAGGUGGUCACAGCAGAUGGCCUGCUGUUCGACUUUGACGGAACCAUCAUCGAUAGCACAGAAGCAGUUGUCAAGUACUGGCACAAACAGGCAGCCUUGAUGGGUGUCGAUCCAGACGUCAUCUUGGCAACGUCGCACGGCAGGAGGAGCAUCGACACAUUUCAGAUCUACGACCCGUCAAAGGCGAAUUGGGAAUACAUCAGCCAUCAAGAAGGUCUGAUACCCAAAGACUUCGGCCGGGAUGCCGUGGAAAUCCCUGGGGCUCGUAAACUACUGGCGAGCUUGGAGGAGGCCAGACUGCCUUGGGCAGUAUGCACUUCGGCCACGUCGGCGCUCUUGGGCGGGUGGAUCGAAGUGCUGAAGCUGGCGCAUCCACAAACCGUAGUGGUUGCCGAGGACGUUGAAAAAGGCAAACCGCACCCCGACCCAUACCUCCUGGGCUGUAAGCGACUGGGCCUACCUGAGAGCUCUCACAUGAUCGUUUUCGAAGAUGCUCCAUCGGGUGUCCGUGCUGGCAAAGCUGCUGGUUACAAGGUUGUUGGUCUGGUCACGACCCACUCAGUCGAACAAAUCGAGGCCGCUGGAGCCGAUUGGAUCGUGCGCGACCUAACCAGCGUAGCCCUAUCCAAGUUUGAGGACGGCGUGAUACAGAUCGAGGUCACGGACGCUCUAGUCAGAUCAUGAUGACAUGGGAUGGGGGGACGAAGGGGUCGUCUUGAGCUUUGAGCACUGAUGGACGGACAUCUGUGCUCGAGACCAGGUCACAUCACAGGCGUAAAAGGUGUUGAUGGGUAGACGAGAUAGAAACCAAUGGGUAAUGAUCUUCGAUUCAGGUCCUUCUGCCAGGAAAGAGCCGCACGGGCAGAUCAGAUGACCCUUUGAGAGCCACAGAGCCACAUCCGCCCCGAUUUGGUUUUGUGGUCUGCUUACGACUCGUCCCGCCGCCGCUUGCCCGCAAGCAUGAUUGAAGAUCAUCGAGAGACCAUUGCUUCGCAGUCUAUCAUUUUCAGGGUCGCACCAGCGAGCAUCAAUGGCUCCUGCUCGACAUCGAUCUCACACAGAUCGUCCUGUUGCAAGGCCCGUGGUACCUGCGUCGAUCCGGCGACAUGUCCGGGCUGAUUGGCGUCACCGAGCAUGUUCAUGCAAUGCAGGCAGCCACGGUCAAGUCAGAAACGGCAUGUGGUGGCCGUGACGGGCGGGCAGAGGGCCAUGGUACAACGUGGCAAGCAAGCAUCUGUCUCGGUACUGUCGGUCUGGACGUCAAGGGGAAACCUACCGUGUUGACGAAGCGGACCUGGACCAGGUCAACAGCGCCAGUUGGCGGAGCAUCUGGGCAACAAAGAGGUGUCAUCCGUCAGUUGGGGAGGCGAUGAUGGCCGGCUACUCCGUACACGUAAAGUUGUGGUCAAAGCGAAGCCGUGACGGCGAAGAAGCGUGGGCCGAAGAGGUAUCAGUGCGGCGACGAUGAAUGGAGUCAAACGGGUCCCCAGGUCAUAGGUCAGAAUCCAGAAUCCAGAACCCAGAGGCACAAGAGCCCAGACGUCAGGCUGUUAGUGAAGUUGUUAGUGCUUUGUAAAAAGUUGCAGUUAGACACUGGAUGACUGGCCGUUGUCUCGAGCGGUCCCUAAGCCCCGCUACAGAACAAAAAGACUGUACGUACAUA